AACUUUCCCGCUUUUUCUUCCUCCCGCCACCCACCAAUUAUUGUAUACAAUCCACCAAAUUCCACUGCAAAUUUCUUCUUUUUCACUCUUCUUAAUUCUUAAUUCACAUUUUCUCCAAAAAAAACCUCAAAAAUCUUUAUUCGACCUUCCGUCAAUGGAGAUCUACAACUCCAAAUCAAUCCUCCACGACAUUAAAUCAAGAGAGCUUCAUGGGUUUAAAGGAAGAAAACGACCAUUGUUUACCUAUAGUACAUCAAUAGAGGAACAAAUUGAUGAGCCUAGCUGUAGUAGAGGUGUUGCAACUUCCCAUAAUGGCGAAUCGACUCCUCCUAUGUCUAUUUCUUUUGCUAAGACAAUAAAAAAUGCCCAUAUUCUGGGUUUUACCGAUGAAGUAGGUUAUAUGAACUUGAUUGAUACCAGAAUGAAGCUCAAAUCUUCUGCAACCCACCAAGAAAAUGCAGAAAAGGCAAUCGUAUCGAGCUGGGUAACCCAUGAUAAUUCUGUUUAUGAUUUUUGCUGGAUUAAGGAUGAUACCCGUGUUUUGACAGCUUCAGCUGACCACACUAUUAAGGUAUGGGAUGUCGAUCAAAAAAAAUGUUGUGCAGUGCUAAGAGGUCAUUCCGGCAGUGUUAAAUCUGUCUCUAAUCACCCUACAAAUUUUGAUCUUCUUGUAUCUGGCUCAAGAGAUGGUUCGUUUGCACUGUGGGACCUGAGGUGUAAUACUCGCCAAGGGACGCAUUGGAUAAUGCCAAAUGAACUGGUUAAUGAAGCUCAUACAACAGCUAAACGAAAGCGGUCUGUAAAGGGAAAGACUGCUUCGACGACUAUAACAUCAGUUCUCUAUCUCAAAGAUGAAGCCUCCAUUGCCACCGCAGGAGCGGUAGACAGUGUUGUAAAGAUUUGGGACACGAGAAAUCUUCGAGCCCCAUUUGCGCAUGCUUGUCCACUACAGGAUUGUGGGACAGAGACGAAUGGGAGACAUGGUAUAACAAGUUUAUCACAAGAUCUUAAUGGGGUGCUGCUUUCUGCAUCUUGUACGGAUAAUAGAGUAUAUUUAUAUAAUGUUCUUCAACUCAAAAAGGGUCCGAUCAGUUCCUAUACAGGCAGCCAAAUCGGGUCAUUUUUUAUAAAGUCAUCGAUUAGUCCAGAUGCAUCUCACAUACUAUGUGGAUCAGGAGAUGGAAAUGCUUACAUAUGGCAGGUAAAUGAUCCUGAGCAAGAUCCCAUUGCUUUAACAAGCCAUGAAAAAGAAGUCACAACAGUUGAUUGGUGUCUACACGAACCGGGAAAGAUUGCCACUGCUUCAGAUGAUUACACAGUUCGCUUUUGGAAUGUCGAAAACAGACAAUGUCUUUUACCAAGAAAUUGCAUCCGGAAGAGAGUGAGUGCAUUUCCAAGAACCGACUGCAAAGAGCUGUCCCAGCAGAGGGAUCAUCCGAGUAGUUCAACUCAGGACGAAACAGUUAUACAAGAUCAAAGCUUAGUCGAGUUAGUGAAGACACCUGAUGCCACGCCUAGUCUAUUCAGUAGAAACAGGUCACUGACAGGACUAAAUUUGAAUGAGGCCUUCGAUAAAACAUCUGAAUCUGCAGCGAUGAGCCCUUCUUCCGUUCUAAGUCCUCCAUCUUCCAUUAAGAAAAAAACUAUUCGAGAUUAUUUUGUAGUGUAUUAGGAAUCUGAAUAAUAUGUACAGGUCUUUUCAGAAUGCUGCUAUAUAGUAGUAGUACAUUAAUACUCUUGUUGAUUCUUACAACAUCCAUUUCUCACUAUUAAGGCUGUGGAAGCUUGACGGUUAUCAUUGUUAAGGAUAUAUUACAGGCAGUAUACUCUUCUUUUUGUUUCAA